CGACGUAAUGACGUCACUGACCACGUUAUCUACUAAGAGUCGCUGAAGUUGGAGAAAAAGUUUGACAAGCCUGAACACCGAGAGAGAGAGAGAGAGAGAGAGCGAGAGAGAGAAAGACAGAAAGAGAGCUGCUAAACAUCCAGGAAAAGAGACACAUCAUCGAUUAAACCAACAGUUCUUCAUCUCUGAUCACACGAUGGAAUCCGUCGCCCAGAAAGUUCUGACUUCUGGAUUCAGUCUGGACUUCGGACCUCUGAAAGAACCUCUGGCCUUCAUCCGUCUGCUGGAAUGGGUGUUCUCCAUAUUUGCCUUCGCUACGACUGCAGGUUACAGCGGCACAACCAGCAUCAACGUCGUGUGCCACGGGAGCGCCAGUCAUGAAAUAAAGGCAGACUUUAGCUACCCGUUCAGGUUGAUGCAGAAUCCUUAUAAUGUUCCUGACUGCAAAAUCAACCAAACUGACACCACCACGCCGUACUACCUGACCGGAGAUCACGCAUCCUCGGCUCAGUUUUACGUCUGCAUCGGAGUGCUGGCCUUCCUCUACACCACUGCCACACUCGUCCUCUACCUGGGCUACCAGAAUUUCUACAGAGAAUCUAAUCGUGGCCCCACUCUGGACCUGUUGGUGACUGCGGCCUUGGCCUUCAUGUGGUUGGCGUCGUCCUCUGCUUGGGCUAAAGGCUUGUCUGAUGUGAAGUGGGCCACCAGUCCUGAAACCAUUGUCAAAUUUCUUGAGGUUUGCAAGGACGCCAAAAACACGUGCUCUCCAGGUGCUCUGCCUCACAUGGGCCGACUAAACGCCUCUGUGAUUUUUGGUUUUCUUAACCUCAUCCUGUGGAGCGGCAACUGCUGGUUCAUUUACAAGGAAACCCCUUUCCACAAAUCAGCCAACCCGCCGCCUGCAGAUGUGGAGGGGCGAGUCGGGCCAUCGUAACUGCACAGCUUCCUCAUUUCAAAACUGUCUAACAUAUAGUGUUAUUGAAUGAGUCAUUGUGGUACUAAUUGUUACGAAAAAAUGCAGCAGAUUACAAAUUUCCAAAACUGACUGCACCUUUUUUUUUUGCCAAGUAUUGAUUUUUAUAUUUAGGAUAGGAACUAAAGCUUGUUCACAGUCAAAUCAAUACAGGAAAUUGUAGCAGUCAAAAAUGUUGUUCUCAUCGGUACUCAGUUUGCAUGUUUUAACAUAUUCAAACCCAGGUAUCCAAAACAAAGUGUCCCUUAUCUCAAAUGGUACUUUAGAUGUGGACUGUGCAGCCUUGUUGGUGAUAAAUCAGAAUGAAGCAUCACUUUGUCAACUGUAUUUCUGUACCAUAAAUCAUUUCUGCCAUCAGCAUUUUCUUAAAAAAACAACAACAAAACAAAAAAACUCAGGGCUGUUGAGUGUAUGAAAUACAAAAUAGCUAAUAUUAAAUACUUGAAAUGCAUUUAUGAUUAAAAUUUCAGUCUAAUCCUAAAACAUGCAAUAUGCAUAAAAAUAUGUAGUUACAACGAAUUAAUGUUGAAUAGUAGUUCAUUGGAACAUGAAUCCAGUUGCCAUUAUGAGAUUAUUUGUAAUGGAUGAAAGCAAUUUUAUUGCAUCUUUUUUUUUAUGUUAUGUUGCGCCUCAUUUUCUCGCUAUUGAAGGCUAAAUUCAGCUGAAUAUUAUGUUGAAUGUAGUUGAUGUAUCCAUUUAGAGCAUCUUUAUGAAUUUUACAUGUAAAACUGUUACACUUAUAACGCAGAAUUUCCGAUCUUUUCCCUGAAUGUUUAUAAUGUUUAAAUAAUGAAAAACAAACCCCAGCAAGGUACUUUAAACCUAAUGAUCUAAACAUUUUAUAACCUUAGCUAGUGGUUAGUAGCAACUGACUGAUCGCUAACCUGUUACUAAUUAUUAUUUUUCUUGCUUUUGCCUGGCUUCUACCUCCACCUUGUUAUAAGACGAGCUCUUACUGCCAUCAUUAUGAUUUCCUACUUUGAUAUCGCCUUGCUUGAUUCACAGUUUCUAGCUUGACCGACCACCGUGUUGAUUAAAGUGUCACAUAUAUGAGACUGGAAUUCCUGUUACAGUCCAGGAAGAUACUGCGUGGACAUGAAACGCUGUGGCAUCAUUAAAAAGAAAGAACUGGA